ACAGCGUAGUACGAUCGCGCAUUUUCAUGCGACUGGUCGCGUACUAUCGUCGCUUUAGAACUGGUUCAUCAAAUGAAAUCUUAUAUUAUCUGAUGUUCUCAAGAUAUACUUUAUCAAUUUCAAAUGAAUACAGCUAUGGCGACGAUUCGAACGAUUGUCAGUGUUUCAUUUGGCGCGAAUGAAAGUGACGUUUAGAUUUUUUUAUUUUGUUUUUUUUUUUUUUUUAAAAGUGCAGUGGCAAGUGUUGAAAAAUGAAUUUUACGGAUAUAUCAACGGAUUUUCCGUUGACUACGACUGUUGUACCCGAAGUGGAGUCUUCUGAUGUUAGGACAUGGCUUAUGAAUAUUGUUAUACAAAGGGCUGCAGUCCAAGGCAGCUUCUGGCAGGGCUUCCUGGCGUCUAUUUCCGUCGUGAUAGUGUCAGAAUUAGGAGAUAAGACAUUUUUCAUCGCAGCCAUAAUGGCGAUGAAACAUCCUAGAGUAAUAGUCUUCGCUGGAGCGAUAUCCGCUUUAGUAUUUAUGACUGUUCUAUCGGCCGCCUUCGGGUGGGUGGCCACGGUAAUACCGAGGGUGUACACGCAUUAUAUCAGCGCUGCCUUGUUCGCGAUAUUUGGUUUGAAAAUGCUCAGGGAUGGUUGGAAGAUGGACCCGAACGAAGGCCAGGAGGAGUUGGAAGAGGUUCAGAGUGAGUUGAAGAGGAGAGAAGAUCAGGAGGAAAAAGAGGAAACCCUGGACAUGUUGGAACAGGGUCAAGCUGAGAACCGUCGGCGAAAGCGUAACGCAAUGCUUAAAGUGCUGCUCCAAGCUGCUUCCCUGACGUUCUUAGCCGAAUGGGGCGAUAGGUCCCAGCUAGCGACGGUCGUGCUCGCGACUAGGGAGAACGCGAUCGGUGUUGUGGUGGGGGGAUCGCUAGGACACGCCCUUUGUACAGGGCUGGCUGUGAUCGGUGGGAGAAUGGUUGCACAAAAGAUAUCCGUUAGGACUGUUACCAUAAUCGGUGGUGUUGUGUUCCUCUUCUUCGCAGUGAGUGCGCUAGUGAUCGGACCCGGGGAAUGAGCUCAGUCCACGACGAUAUAGACAAUUUUAAUAAUAAGAAACGUAUGUAUUUAGUUGUAUAUUAUAAUUUUAAGUUAAUCUCAUUAAGGGGUAAUAAUUUUUAGAUCAAUAUUAUUUUGCUAACGCUUCGCCCGUGCAUUUAAAAAUCGAAUCGUUAGUGUUUUUUUUUUUUUUCGACAACCGUUUAUACCAAUAUGCCUUUGAAAUAUUGGAGUGAAUUUUUUUAUAUUCAACCUUAAUAAGAAUGUCAUUAUGUAUUUUCGAGAUUUUUUUUUUAAUUUGCGAUUUUCUCGGUGCGUCGUUAACGUGAGUUCGCUAUCUGACUAUCAUAGCUAUGUAAAAUAUGGACAGUUUUUGGGGAAAGUUCGAAUAGCACUUUAACUUAAAGUAAAAUUUCUGUUAGCGAAUGAUGUUUAUGUUUCUUGGUUGAUAAACUACAAUGAAACAAUCGGAUUCUAGAUGUUCAAUCUCCAAACGGGACACUAAUAAAGUGUUCAUGUGUUGUGGGUAGAAUAACUAUUGAGUGAGUAGUGCCUUCCUAAAUUGGCUUUCACACAGCCUUAAUUUAAUUACUAAUUCACGAGUGUACGACAUUUAAAAGCGGACUUGCGUAUACAAUAUGCAUGACAAAAUAAACUGUGAUGCGAAGUUUAUUUAUAUGAUGAUAUCACGGCCAUUCUCAAGAAGGACUGGUUAUCUGCGCGGAUCGUGUCAUCGUGCACAAGUGUGUGCAAGCAAUUCCCUCUCUAUCAUAUGAAUGACCUCUCACAAUCCGACGGGACGGUAAAUCCGAGACGACCACCCUAUAUGGGUGCUAUAUCAAACUACGUAUAUAAUAAAAGUACUUCACAAUUACUUUCCCACAGGUAUGACAUAGCUUUACAGUUAACUUAUUUAUACUGUCGUAGAUGUGGACAUGCCUUAAUUUUACAUUAAAUUUUUAAAUAUUACUUAUUUUUAAUUUUGUUUGAAAAUUAUUUCAUUAACUUUAAUUUAUGGUAUAUAGAAGUACUACUAAAGAUACAGAGUGUUCUUACUUUCUUAAUAUAGUUCAGAAAACCUGUUAUUGAAAGUGUUAAAAAAUAUAAUGUAUUUUCUCAUACACCAUUUUUUAUAUACAUAUAUCUUAGCGGAAAGUAAAAUUAGGCGGGUUAAUAUUUAGCUAAAUAAAAAGUUAAUUUGCAUAAAGAAAACAUCAAGGACUAUCGAAAUACUUAAUACUAGGACAAGUAUUUGAAUGAUUUGAACGAACGAACGAAAUAUUGUUUUGACAUUUUCGGCCAAAAUAAGAUUAGAGUUUUAGAGAUUAUUCAUAACUCAUUAUUUCCAAAAUACAUACAGUGCUUAUGUAUAUUAACAAAAUAGUACGGCUGAUAUGAAAUUUAUUGCAAAAAAAAAUUCGCCACUCGUAUCUCAACCCGAUCAAUGUUGAAACAAUUUUGAUGGCUGGCAAUGAUUUUGAAGUUAUACUUACGGAAUACCUUUAAAUUCCUCUGUAAAACUCGAUUGCUGAAAAACGUUCGCUAAUUUAUUGUGACGAUAAAAUGUUUAACGAUUAACAAUAACCGAACACAUUUGUCAACAAUAUUUUAAAAUUAAGUUAAUUAUUGCAGGUCCUGUGUUGCCAAUUUAUUAUUUAUUUUUUUAGUCUUAAUGUAUAUUUGUAUUUUUUUAAAACAGAUUAUGCAAUAAAUAUAACAAUGUAUAUAUUCCAAAUACAAAGUUGUGAUAUAAGAUAGCACUAUAUAUGUAUUUAUAAUCUGUGAUAUGAUCAUUCAAUAUAGUAUACUAGUGGCCCGCCCCGACUUUGUAUUGAUUUGUCAAAGAUGAUACUAUUGUUUUAUAUGAAGCUCUAUAUAGAACAUUUUAUAAUUAAUUCUCUAAUCACUGUAACGAAGGGCGUUACAGUGCAGUGCGUUAAUAUCUAAAGUUAUUAAGGAGGUAUGAAACUACACGUGCCAAUGUUUUAUGAAGGUUUCCUCGCGAUGUUUCGUUUUGUCUUCGUCACUGUGUAUCGUUUGAAAUGUGUCACUCAAUGUGCAAGCAAGUCGGGUUAAUAAUAUUAAAUGAUCAUAGUAAUUGUUGAUAGUAUCGAUUUUUGAAGUAAAACUUCUUUGGGUGCGUAUCGCUACUAUGUACGUAGGUUUGUGACGCAAAAAGAAGUUUUGCUUCGGUCACGUGUUAUGUUAAUGUAAGUACAAAAUUUGAAUGUUAAUGAAUCACAUCAAAUAAUGCUUAGCGCUAAAUGUUGAAAUGUAAAAAGUAUUAUUUUUUAUGUAAAGACGAUUAAUAAAAAUAUGUCGAAAAUAA